CUCGGUGAUGUCAAUCCACAACUUGUAGUUGAACCAGCCGCCAAAAUUCUUGCAGAGGCAGUACUGUUUGAUGUCGAAUUUGUCCUUGAUACGCUGGACGGUCGCCUUCCAGGAGUCUUCGUUUCCGGUGUACGGCCAGUAGAUAGGGAUGUCACCACUGGUAUGCGUGAUCUUCAUGCUAACUAGUAACGCCAGCCCGAAGGGUUUUGUCGUCUCCAAGCCCGGCAAUGGUGGUAAUAGGCUCCUCUGGUGCCUUUUGCUAGGCAGCCCCGAAGAGUUCUUUGACUUCCUGCUCGCUCAUAUCAGGGUAGUCAGAUUUUUGCACUCUGAUACGGUACUUCUUCCCGUUCUUGCUGGUGGCUUCGUGCCAGUACGUUUCGCUAUCGUCAACUUGUGGCACACGAUCAGCCUCAAGUGUCGAAACAGCUUCGGCCAUUGUGAGUAGUAGAUUUGGAUAAGGGUGAUAGGUUGAGAUGUAGUGCGUGGAGUCGGGCAGAUAUGAAAUGG